UAAAUGAUCAAUAUUCGCUUAAAUCACGUAUACUUGACAAGACGACUAGAUCGUCUUCGGGACCAAUAACAAUGUCAGGGAUCCGUUUGCGAACAAACGUUCGGUCGAUAAAAAGUAAUUCGGACUAAUAUUAAAAUGCAUCUGUUAUUGCGUUCAAUCGUUCUCGAAAAGCCUUAUAUAUGUUGUGUGUCGACUCGAACACUCGACCGAACGGGGAUUCCUAAUUUACAAACUUUGGUGUUGCCUCUAUUAAAAAUAUUAAAAUGUGCACAUACGAAAAUUCAUAGUAUGAAUGCAAAGUCAAUUCUACGUCUUACAGAAAUAAAGGAUACUUUUCUAUUAAAAGUACACCAAAUGAUUGUGUCGUUGCAUGUACCCGUAAUCUCAAUAUAAAAGUGGUCGGUGAUUUCCUUCGUAACAUAUGUGAAUCCGUGUUUCGCCUUAUCGCACAUUUCUUUGUUUGUAGUACCUAUUUAUCUUUGGUGACAAAUUGACUUGUCUAAUAUCACAAUCGAGUAGUGAUCUACUUGCCAGCGAGUGAACGAGUAUUUUUUUAAUUUCUUUGUAUCGAUUCGAAAUAUGGAACGGAAUCGGAGAAACAGCCGCGAGGAAGAGGAGUCGAGUACAAACUGGGGUUUGUGGGGUGGUAUCGGUGUCGGUGUAGCGGCCGCUGCGGGCGCAUUGUACUAUAUUGCUACUAGGAACAGAGAAACUGUGCUUGAGCAACAGCCAGAUCAGCGGCGGCGCCUUGAGGCAAUUGAUUUUAGUCAACAUCAGCAGCAGGUCCCUAUGAUUCGUUACGAAAGUGGGCUACAGUUACAAGGAGACCUGCCAGGCAAUCAAGGGAUUAACAAUCUGAACUCCCUGCUGAACGAUAUAUACGUAAGAUACACAGGGGUGAAAAAAGACGACUUCCAAUUGCAUUACAGUGUCUUUUAUCGUAUCUUUAAUCGUCUCCAUCAAAAGAUGAAGGAUGUUGACAAAUAUUAUAACCGCUAUUCAAGCACGGUGCAAAUUACAGGUAGUCACUCUGACAAAUUACGUAUUAAAAAACCAGACGAAUUCGACAUGGACAUUGUGAUCAAACUGCCGCUCAGCAUCAAACAGAACCCUUACAACGUCAACGAUAGCGACUUCAUUAUAGAACCUAAAGAUGCCGGUUUCGUUUACCUUAAAAUGGGUGUCCAAUACGAUAAGUUGCCCAUGAGGGACGGCGGCAGCAACUGGGAUAUAAACAAAACGGCAUACAAAUGGAGCGAUGACUAUGGAUAUUUGUUGCGCUCGAAAUUUACUGACUGGUUUAAAGGAGUCGUGGUGAAAGCGCUGAACCAAUUCGAGAAAAAUGAGAAUGGGUAUACUGUUUAUGAAGUUGAUGGCGUCGAAUAUUCGAUCGGAAGGUCCGAGUCGGGACCGGCAGUUACGCUCCACAUAUUCAACAGAUUGAGAAAAUUCAAAAUGGACGUAGACCUUGUGCCGGCGUUAAAGUUCCCGGAGGAACGAUGGCCUCCGGGGCCAGAUUAUCGUGACAUCCCGUAUAACUGUAGAAAGGCUUACUGGAUGGUAGUGCCCAAGCCGAACAAGAGAAGUCAAUAAAUAUGAAGCGCCUCAAACAAGAUCUUGGCGGAUAGCGAUGUAUAAUCAAGAGAGUGAAUUGCUGAACAACACAAAUCACUUGCGUCAAGCUUUAAAACUGGUGAAGAAAUUCCGCGACGCACAAAACAUGGAUCCUAUUGCCAGUUACUACAUAAAGACUCUAGCAUUUUGGGAGAUAGUAAGUAUCCAAGACAAUGAUCCUUGGUAUUGGCAAAGAAGUCCAGCAGAGAUUUUCAAGUUAUUUGUACAAAGAUUCCACGAGGCGAUGGUUAAAGGCAGCAUUCCAUACUUCUGGAACGAGAACGAAAAUCUAAUAGGUGGCAUACACCGUCAAGCAUUGAACAUGUUCGCUGCCAAGCUUAGAAGGUUCAUCACCGUUCUAGACAAUCUAAAUUAUAAGGAAGUUGCUAAAUUUCUGCUAACAACUGAGGAGUUUGCAGAAUAUGAAAUAUAUCUAUGAAUAUUUAACUUAAACCCCAUAACAUAAAACCCAGUUAUGGUUUUGCGGAAAGGAUCAUAGUUUAGGUUUAAAGAUUGGUUCUGUGUAGGUUACGUGUUGUGUUUUACGCAUUCUUCAAACGAUGAUAAAUCUGACGAAUCUACUUAUUUGUACUAUUUUGUCAUUUAUAGUUUUAAAAAAAAUGCAACAGUAAAUGUACAAAACAUGCAAUCACCCUAUUAUGAGCACCGCGAUUUGAUAUAUAUACCUACUAGCUGUGCGCCGCGGUGUUACCCGCAGUUUAUUAAGGAUAAUUUCCCGCAUUAAAACGUAGCCUAUGUGUUAAUCCAGGGUGUCAGCUAACUCCAUACCAAAUUUAUUGAAAACGCUCCAGCCGUUUAGACGUGAAGAAGUAACAAACAUACACACUCACAUACUCACAAACUUUCGCCUUUAUAAUAUUAGUGUGAUAGCACGUUUUAUCACGCUCAAUUGUCAAAUUAUUUUGGAGUUUGACAGUUAGACACGAUAAAAACGUGAUAAAAUGUAUAAUGCAGUGUUCAUGCUACAGGGACUGGACACCACAUAAUAAAGUUUAAAAAAAAACAGACAUUAGAGACAGAUGUCUAUGAUUUGUAUUAUGCUAAUGAAAUAAAGUGAUUUUAUUUGAAAAUAAAUAUAUAAUCCAAGAACAUUCCCUAAGUAAUUUUAUUUCUUACGAUCUAAUAUGAUAUGAGUAAAAAGUGAGAAGCUUGAUGGCGCAAGUGGUUAGCGCGUUCGGCUGUGAUCUUCGCAGCGGUCAUUGGAUGGGUGACCAAAAUUUACUAUCUCGAGCUCCUCCAUGCUUCGGAAGGCACGUUAAGUCGUUGGUCCCGGCUGCAUCUGCAGUCGUCAGUACCCACCGAUCUGCACUGGACCCGCGAGAUCGGUCAUGGCCCAAUCUCCCUAUUCCAUCUAUAGGGAAGGCCUGUGCCCCAGCAGUCGGGACAUUAAUGGGCUGAUGAUGAUGAAAGUAAAAUCUAACAAACAUUUGUUUACUUUUUAAAGUCAUAACAAAUCUAUGUUUAUUAUGUAAAGCAC